AUGGCUACUAAACAAGCACUGUGUGUUGGAGGUACAUCAGGUAUCGGAAGAGCAUUGGCAAUUAAAUUUGCCUCUCAAAAAUUCAAUGUUUCAAUCAUGGGAAGAAGUGAAGAAGCAGGAAAGGAAAUUAUUGAAGAAAUGAAAAAAUUGAAUCCAGAAGGAAAGUUUGAAAUGAUUAAAGUGGAUGCCUCUCUCAUGAAGGAUAUUGAAAAAGUGUGUGAGGAAUAUAAACAAAAUCAUGAUCGAUUGGAUUAUUGUGUUCUUUCACAGGGAAUUGCAAGUAUGAAUGGAAGAACAGAAACAAAGGAAGGAAUUGAUGUAAAAUUGGCACUUCAUUAUUAUGGAAGAGUUAUGUUUGUGAGACAAUUGCAAGAUUUAUUGAGAUUGACAUCAAAAAAUUCAGAUGUGAGAGUCUUGACAGUUUUAUCAGCUGGUGUUCAUUCACCUUACACCAAAUUGGAUGAUUUGGAUUUGAAACAUAACUUUACAUUGAAGAAUGCAGCAGAUGCAGCUGGAUUUUACAAUGAUCUCGCCAUGGAUCAAUUAUCCAAAGAGGAAGGCAAUCAAAAUAUUGCAUUCAUUCAUCAAGCUCCUGGAAUUGUGGCUACUCAAUGGGGUCGUGAUUUUCCAACUGUUUUGAGAUGGGCAUGUGAAGUUGUCAAGGUAGUGGCUGCUAAAUCUCCUGAGAAAUAUGCUGAAUAUACUUAUAAUGCAUUGAGUUCAGAUUCUACACGAAAGGGCUUCCAUUUAUUGAAUCAAUACGGAGAGCCAGCAAGUGUGACAAAGAGUCAUACUGAUAAUAUCAGAGAAACAGUUUGGAAACACACUGUAGAAUUGUUAAAUAAGGCCCUUGGAAAAUAA